CCCGCCGCGCGCGCGGCGUGGAUCGCGGCCGGAGCCGCCAUUGUUCCGCCAAGGGACGACAGCGGGGCCUGGCCCUGGCGCCGAGACGCCGCUUAGCGGCCGCCACUGGAGACACUCCCUCCCGCCGCCCCCCUCCUCCUGGCGGCGGCGGAGUGAGGCUGACUAGGGGGAACUGGGAGCCCCCUCUCCUGGCGGCGGCAGCUGCCGAUCCCCGGCUCCGGCGCGAGGGGCGGCCGCGAUGCGCUCGGCUUGAGGCAGUCCGGCCCGUCCCUUCCUCGCCUCCCUUGACUCUUCUACGGCGUCUGUGCGCCCCAGCGUCACCCUGAGAGUCUCUUUGACGGAGGGAAGAUGGCUGCACAGAGCUGGCAGGACGACCUGGCCCAGCAGGCCGAGGAGGGCUCGGCUCGGCUGCGGGAAAUGCUGUCGGUUGGCCUAGGCUUUCUGCGCACCGAGCUGGGCCUCGACCUGGGGCUGGAGCCGAAGCGGUACCCGGGCUGGGUGAUCCUGGUGGGCACCGGCGCGCUGGGACUGCUGCUGCUCCUCCUGCUCUGCUACGGCUGGGCCGCGGCUUGUGCCGGCGCCCGAAAAAAGCGGAGGAGCCCGCCCCGCAAGCGGGAGGAGGCGGCGGCCCUGCCGGCCCCGGCCACCGACGAUGUAGCCCUGUUGAAGAAUCUCAGGAGCGAGGAGCAGAAGAAGAAGAACCGGAAGAAAUUGCCCGAGAAGCCCAAACCGAAUGGACGGACGGUUGAAGUGGCUGACGAGGAAGUUGUCCGAACUCCUCGAAGUUUAACAGCAAAGCAGCCCUUAGAGACAGAUAAAAAAAAUGAAAAGUCAAAGAAAAAUAAGAAGAAAUCAAAGUCAGAUGCUAAAGCAGUGCAAAACAGUUCACGCCAUGAUGGAAAGGAAGUUGAUGAAGGAGCCUGGGAAACUAAAAUUAGUCACAGAGAGAAACGACAGCAGCGUAAACGUGAUAAGGUGCAGACUGAUUCUGGUUCAUUGGAUUCAACUAUCCCUGGGAUAGAAAAUACCAUCACAGUUACCACCGAGCAACUUACAACCGCAUCAUUUCCUGUUGGUUCCAAGAAGAAUAAAGGUGAUUCUCAUCUAAAUGUUCAAGUUAGCAACUUUAAGUCUGGAAAAGGAGAUUCUACACUUCAGGUUUCUUCAGGAAUGAACGAAAACCUCACUGUAAAUGGAGGAGGCUGGAAUGAGAAGUCUGUAAAACUCUCCUCACAGAUCAGUGCAGGUGAGGAGAAGUGGAACUCUGUUUCACCUGCUUCUGCAGGCAAGAGGAAAAAUGAGCCAUCUGCUUGGGGUCAAGACACUGGAGAUGCUAAUGCAAAUGGAAAAGACUGGGGAAGGAGUUGGAGUGACCGUUCAAUAUUUUCUGGCAUUGCUGCUUGGUCUAGUGUGGAUAGGGGAAUGAAUACCUCUGAACAGAAUUCUGCUUCUUUUGCAUCUCUCACACUUAACUCUGCUGUUUCUGGGUCUACUGCUGAGCCAGUUUCUCAUUCUACCACUUCUGAUUAUCAGUGGGAUGCUAGCCGUAAUCAACCCUAUAUCGAUGAUGAAUGGUCUGGGUUAAAUGGUCUGUCUUCUGCUGAUCCCAGCUCUGAUUGGAAUGCUCCAGCAGAAGAGUGGGGAAAUUGGGUAGAUGAAGAAAGAGCUUCACUUCUAAAGUCCCAGGAACCAAUUCCUGAUGAUCAAAAAGUUUCAGAUGAUGACAAGGAAAAGGGAGAGGGAGCUCUUCCAACUGGGAAAUCUAAAAAGAAAAAAAAGAAAAAGAAGAAGCAGGGUGACGAGAACUCUCCUGCACAGGACACGGAAGAAUUAGAAAAAGAGAUUAGAGAAGAGCUUCCAGUGAAUACCUCUAAAGUCCGUCCAAAACAGGAAAAAGCUUUUUCUUUGAAGACCAUAAGCACUAGUGAUCCAGCUGAAGCACUCAUCAAAAAUAGCCAGCCUAUCAAGACUCUUCCACCUGCUGUUUCUACCGAGCCAUCUGUUAUUUUAUCAAAAAGUGAUUCUGACAAAAGCUCUUCCCAAGUGCCACCGAUGCUACAAGAAACAGAUAAAUCCAAGUCAAAUACUAAGCAAAAUAGUGUGCCUCCUUCACAGACCAAGUCUGAAACUAGCUGGGAAUCUCCCAAACAAAUAAAAAAGAAGAAAAAAGCCAGACGGGAAACGUGAAUAUAUUUUUCCUGCAUUGGACAUGUGUUUGUAAACACUGUCUGGAAGAUUAUGCUGUUUAUGCAAUAAUUUGUGAACAUGUACAGAGUUUUAUAUAAAUUUAAACCAAUUUUUAAAACAAAACUGUGAAAACAACCACCAUAAAAAUGGAAUCAAAGGAAAGUUAAUUUAUGAAAUUAAGAGGUCAGCAGAAUAUACUACAGUGCUGGAAGACACUUGGGGAAAGUCUUUUCAAUUGAACAAGAACGAUCUUAAUUUAAGAAUAUUACCCUGGUUUUACAGCAGUGCCCUGUUUACAACAGAUUGUGCCCUGUCUCAUCUGCAGCUGAGGAAUAAAGGAUUCUGAUUAGAAAGAGCGUUGCCUACAAAUUGGUAGGCGGCCUCUUGGAUCUUAUGCACGGAACUUAAAACCAUUUGAAUCUGUUUUAUGCUUAAAUCAAAGUGCUUUGAUCAAAUGCAUAAUCUGCCAUAUCUUUACAUAUAUGUUGGUAGCAAUUUGUAUUAAAGGAAUCACAAGUGCAAAUAAAAGGUCAUUUAUCAUUUGUUAACUAAACUCAUGGUUUAGUUUACAAUUUUUAAAAAGUUCUUAAUUAAAACAUUGAACAUGCAGUUGAUGCUUGUAUGGCUUAUGAAGUUAUUUUUGAUAGUCUUACAUUAUUACUUGAAUUGUUCAAAGUUCAGUAUAUUUUAAAUUAAGAAAGGUAAACUAUAUGUAUUUGUUUUAUACUUUUAAGGCUCAGACUCACAAAUAAUGCUCUUGUUUAGGAUUUGAAAACUUCUAGGCAAAGUCCGACUUAACGUUUUCCCCUUUCCUUAGCAGUUACUUUUUCCCAACAUCAGCUCUUCUUCAUUGCUAAUCCAUUUCCGACUUUAGAAGUGAAAUCUUUCACGAAUUAGUUAUACAGACAGAACUUUGAGUAUAUGAUGGAGAAUGAAAAACUAGAGUCAGACAGCUUUAAUUGACAUUGUCAAGACCUCCAGUUAUCAGGAAUACAUUUUUUUACUGCCUUAACCUAUAGUGCGUAGAAUAUGCAUCAAUUUCUUGAGGGAGAUUCGUGUUUUUAUAAGAAUUUUCAUGUAAUUAUUGCAAUUGUGGUCAAACAAGGAACGUUUUCUGCUUGAAACUAUUGAUUUAAAUGACGUGUGAGAUGCUUCACCAUUUUCAGGCACUGUGUAAUUCUCUUGUAAUAAACUGGCAGGCAUCUUUGUACCUAUAAAUAGUGCAUGCUCAGCCAUGUACACUGUAAAUAGCCUUUACCAAACGUGUUUGACAAGGACCAUAAUUAACAUCACUUAGUGAGUUGUGAUAAAGAAAAAAAAAGCCAUGAUUUAUUUGAUGUGAUUGGCUCGUUUUUAUGUGGCGCCAAGAACGAAACUGUUUAACAGCGUAACCAAUGGUACCGAUCUGUCCAUCCAAUCUUGUCUUUAUUAUAUCUGAUUGUGCUUUGAUAGUAUUGCAUUGUCAUACUGGGAAAGCUAAAGAAACAAAAUGGUUUUAGUUUUGCUGAAGACUGGCCUUAUUAAUGGACAGCUUUCCUAACAAGUGGUUAUUAACUUUUAUCAGGUGUUAACAUCUGUUUCAGGAACAUGGCAGUAUGUUUACAUGUCAGAAGUUUUGUUUAAUUCUAUGAUAUUUCUAAAUUGAUUUGUUUAAAUAAAUUCAGCAAAUGGA